AUUAGCCUAAUCGUACGGAGUAGCACGACUCGCUUCUUUGUUUGACCGAGACAUUCUCGCUAUUCCCGUGUCUCUACUCCGUAUUGUCCCCCCCCACGCCACCUUGGCACCUCCACACCAUUCUCCCCGCACUCUACCUGUGAUAGCCGACCUCAUCAUGGGCCGUCAAUAGACCCAUGACCAUCUUCGUAGUGUAAGUCCAGCUCGUCCCAGAUCUCCCAGAACAUGCCAUUACCGGUUCCAGAGGGCCAUCUCUGAGUGCUUCUGUCCAAUCAUCGAUUAAAAGACAGAAACGAGCUGCUCCGCCUACCCUCUGACGUAUUCCAAUUCACACCCAUUGCACCCCUCCGGAUUCCGUUUAACAACUGACCCAAUUCUUUCCUCGGGAGCAAAACGACAGGCAUGAAUUCAUUCUUCUUAAGAACUGCUACACCCCGUUUACUGCUCCGGAACAUAUCAGCUGUGCAAUCUAAAAUCACCAGAAUGUCUUAUAUCGGAGCGGGAGUUGCGCCGGGAGGCGCGCAGGCAACAGUGAAGUCGGGCAACCCGCUCAAGGCGCUGUUUGACGCGAACAAGCCUGCUUUUGGCGGCUGGCAGAUGAUUCCAGGAGCGACCAUCUCGAGGCUCUUGGCGCAGUCUGGCUUGGAUUGGGUAUUGGUGGAUUGCGAGCAUGGAGGCAUGGACGAUCGUGCCAUGCAUGAAGCAGUUCCUGCGAUUGCGGCGUUGGGAGUGUCUCCCAUUGUGAGAAUCCCGGGCAUGGAGCCUUGGAUGGUGAAGCGUGCCUUGGACACUGGAGCUCACGGAGUCCUUGUCCCGCUGCUGCGUACCGUCAAGGAGGCUGAAGACCUCGUCCAGGCCGCCAAGUUCCCUCCUUGGGGAAAGCGAGGCUUCGGAUCUCCUUAUUCCGCCAAACAGUUCGGGCGCACCAUUAGCUCCCUCGACUACCUCAACCAAGGCAACGAGUCCAUCUUGACCAUGGUUCAAAUCGAGACCAAGGAGGCCCUCGAAGAUGUGGAUGCAAUCGCCGCCGUUGAAGGAAUCGAUGUGUUGUUCGUGGGUCCAUUCGAUCUAGGUAACAACAUCGGCCACCGCAUCACCGAGGAGGGCAUCCCCCAGGAACUCGAAACCGCUCUGGUUAAGAUCCAGGCCGCGGCCGCCAAAGCCGGCAAGAAGAGCGGUAUCUACACGCUCGACCCGGCUCAUGCCAAGAAGUGCCAUCAGAUGGGCUUUGACAUGAUCCACGUAGUUACAGACUACAUGGCCAUCGAGGACAGUGCUAAGCAGUCUCUCACAGCGUCUACGACUUAGAUACAGAACUGCGCGUGCCAAGCAAAGAAAUGUUUCCGCCUUGUUCUUGGGUAGAUUAGACAUUAUAAAUCUAGAUGCCUUCGACUUGAUCCAUCUUGGCCUCGACUUGCUCUGUUGUGAAU